GAAACCCUCGUCCAAACCCAAAUCAUCUUUUUCUGGAAGCACCUACUGCCCUAGCUGAAGAAAACAGAGCCUCAUCGUCCAUUCCACCCAAUGAUCACAAUUCACAAUGAUCACUGCAAACAAUAACUGCACAAAUAAAACACGCUCCAUGGAGCCAAGAAGGGCAUGCGAGCACAAUGACAACUCUCACGCAAAAUGUACCUUUUUUUUCAUUCUUCCUUCCUCUCUCUCUUUCUCUGUUCUUCUCCGCCAUUCCUCACUUCUCUUCUAUCCUAUCAUUCGCCGGGAACUGACCCACCUCAGAUACCAAGCUGUAGCACUCAUGUUCCGGCCGUGAAUAGUGAAGAAACGCCAAGAAAAGUUGUGGGCAUUGGCCGUUUCAGCGUCUUGCAGAGAAAAGCACUCCGAUCCUAACCAUUACACCCUCCGGGAAAAAGGUAAUAAUCAAUCUGUGCAAUACAUACUUGUUGAUAGCUGGUUGCAGAACUAAGAAUCGAACUAUCUCGAUCAAUGAUUCAGUGUAAUGGUAUGAACGAUUGGUUAGGUGUUGACUGUUUUUUUCUUUUCUUUUUGGUGUUGCAUAAUGCAUAUAUACAGGCUGCGAAUAGAUGAACGCGCUGUGCGAUCUGGGUACCGAUAGAAUCACUGACCUUCCCGAGGAUGUGAUACAGCAGAUUCUGGUGUUGUUACCCAUCAAACAUGCAGGCAAGGCGGCCACAUUAUCAACAAAGUGGAGGCGCUACUGGAGAAGUAUUCCUCAACUUGUGUUUUAUGGCGGUGAAAAUGGCAGAUUGAAAUCGAAUAAGAUGAUGGCCAAGUUGAUUUCCAGCAUUCACAAAAUCCUGCUGGCUCAUGAUGGUCCCAUAACAAAGUUCCAGCUUUGGGUUCAUGGACUGAAGCCCUGUAAUGGGGUGGAUCAAAUGAUUCUUCAUCUUUCUAACAGAGGUCUCCAAGAAUUCGCCCUUGGCUUUUCUCCUAAUCAUGUUUACAAGUUGCAUUCUUCCCUGUUUUCAUAUCUUCACUUGAACUCUCUGGUUCUUUGGUUUUGUGAAUUUAUUAGGCAGCCAUCAUGGUUUGUGGGGUUUAGUAACCUUACAGCUCUUCGUUUGAUAGAAGUAACCCUACCCUCUGAUUUCCUUAGCAACUUCCUUCCCAAGUGCCCAAGUCUUAAAUUGUUGGAGCUGCUUUUUUGUCCGUGUCCAAGUAACCUUGAAAUUGUUGCUCCACGUCUCACCCAUUUCUUCUUCUUUGGGGACUCACGGAAGCUCUACUUCAAGUGUACUCCACUUCUGAACGAAGUUCAGAUUUUGAAUGGGCGCCAAGAAGUGGAGAAGCCUGCAGAUAUGGUGGCUUUAUUUGCCUCUCUCCCAUUACUCCAACUGUGUGUUGUUGACAUCCAACUUUUAGAAUACCUUGUUGCAGGUGAUGCUAAUCUUCCCAUCAGGCUUCCUACUCCUCUUCACCAAUUAAAAGCCCUCUACAUCUGUAUUCCCGACCUGGGUAGCUUGAAGAAUGCUCGUGCUUUUCUUUGUCUCAUCAUGAGUUCCCCCAAUUUGUACGAGGUCAUAAUCGAGCUGAAUCCUAAGCAACUAAAUCAUCCCGUGAGUAACAACGUGGUAGCAAGCAUAGGAAGCUUAUUGGAAGCAGAGAACCGCCAUGGAUUCGGUUGCUGUUUGCAGCAUCUUACAAUGUUUAAGAUUGUGGGCAGCCUUGGGAUGCAGGUUGAGCUGGACCUUUUGAGAUUCAUACUAGCCACUGCCCCGAUACUACAAAUGAUUUACAUUACACCUGCUGCCAAUUUGGACUCCAGGAAGGCUUCCAAAUUCAUGAAGAAGGUUAGGAAAUAUAAACCUGUUUCUGAAAAGGCAAAGGUCAUAUCAUUACCCAUCAGGAACUAGAAAAAAAAAGCUGAGGCCUUAUAGGGUGGGAGUUAUGAACUUUAAUAUCUUUGUAGCAUUAACAAUUGUUUACUGGUAAUUCCAGCAUCAUCUUCUAUACAUCAACUUUGUCUCGUGAAGGAAAUGAAUGUUCUCUGGAACCUGCAAAGAUGCCUGUUGGAGAAUUAACGUCCAUUCUUUUCAUAAACCUGUUUGUUAUUAGCUCUCUUUAGCGCCUUGUCUUGGUUUAUGGUAUAUGGUCCGGCAAAAGUCCAUCUUCUUGUAAGAUCGAGGUUGGUUGUGUUGCAGGCAGACUGAAUUUCUGUUAGCAGGAUUUACGACGGAUUAAUUUUUUAAUUAUGUAGACUGCCUUUGAUUCGUUCAAAAAUGCCCUAGCUUGUAGUUGUAGUUGAUCAGCCCUCACACAAGAAGUUAGCAAUAUAUGGAUGUUGUUGGAAGCAGGAGCAUCACCUAUUGUUUUUAUAAUGGUGAUAUAGCAUUAUUUUAAAUAGGAAAUUAUACAAGAACUAAACAUCUCUAGGAAGAACACACCAAAGAAAACAUAGACUACUGUGGCAAAGAAACCAGUAGAGUAGUAAAGAUACAAACUGUAACAAACGACCGAUCGAAGUCUUGGUUUGGUGCUUGAACCUCUGCUGCUUCCUCGAAGUCUAGUGUCACUGCUAGCUCAAUCUUGCACUCCGAGGAGGCGUGAUCAGACAGCCCUGCUUCGAACAUAGUGUAAUAGUCCAGCUAUAUGCAGGGAAUUGCUUUGCUAUUUAAGCAUCAUCUCAGGGAGUUGACAUUCCUCUUUCAGCUGUCAGAUUAGCUGAAUUAUCAAAACCAGGUCCAAGAUAUACCAGCAACUCCUGUUACCUUCUCCAGUGGAUUUUUCUGAUUGGCUUCAGCAUCUAGGGAGUUCAUAGUUGAGCAUACUCAGGCUGAGCUUGAUCUUGUGAGCUUCAUAGUUAAGCUACUCAUCCGAAGUACAUUCUACAGUCCUGGGUCAACCGGCGUCCCACGUGGAAGAACGGGCUUUGAAAGUAGAGAUGGUAAUGGGUCGGGUUGGGUCGGGUUUUGCCAAACCCAAACCCAAACCCAUGGGUUUAUCCGUGAAAAAAACCCGGGGUAAAACCCACUGGGUUUGAAAAACUCAAACCCAACCCAACCCGUUGGGUAUCCGCGGGUUCAUGGGUACCCACGGGUUUUUGUCGUAAAAAAAAUUAUAAUAACAAGUUCCUAUCAAAAUUAAAGUCAAAUAUCAAU